AUGCAUGAACUUGGGUCUGGAGCUAGUGGGAUAAACCCACACUACGGGCCUACUAGAAAUCCAUAUGAUUGCAAAAAGAUUGCAGGAGGUUCUUCUGGUGGAUCUGCUUCUUUGGUGUCAGCGGGACUGUGCCAUGUUGCUCUUGGUGUUGAUGGAGGAGGAUCUGUAAGGAUGCCUGCUGCUCUUUGUGGUAUUGUUGGUCUGAAACCAACUUUCACGCGUAUACCACAUGACGGAGUUCUUCCUAUAAACUGGACAGUUGGAAUGGUUGGAAUAUUAGCAAGCACGGUCGAGGAUGCGCUGAUAGUUUAUGCAGCUCUCAGUGGCGAAAUUCCAUCACAUCCACCCUCCAGCGUAUUGACCGAGAUAAAUCUUCCAAGACUAAGCUUGACGAAGUCCAUAUCUUCCAUAAGGUUGGCGAAAUAUGGAAAGUGGUUUGAUGAUUGUAGUAAUGAUGUCAGAGUAUGCUGCUCCCUAGCUUUGCUAAAGCUUCAAGAUCAUUACAACUGGAAGAUUAUAGAUGUCACCAUACCAACCCCAUCUCAACCCCAUGAAAAUAUAUUUUGA